GCUUGUCUUCAAAGAACGCGCUUGGCUCAGAUAAUAAAUUGCAGCGGGCUACAACUAUCGGCUUAAAACGAUAUGAGUAAUUGUUUGUGGGUUGACCUGCGAAUGUUUGUAUUCUGAUAUCGCUGGCAAUUAUUCGCUUAUACGCUGUUUUCCAGCACAUUAGCCAAACAGUUACACAAAUACGGAAGAUCGUGACAACAAAUAUUUGUAAAAAUCUUUUUGGAAGUUCAAAGUUGGCAGAUAAUUUUGCGGCAGAGAGCAAAUGCCUUUUUAAAGAUGAGAAACGCCGCAAUUUUGGUUUUAUUAGGGGCAAUAUUUUGUGGAGAGACUCUCUCGUAUUGGUGGAAAUUCACGCGUCUGUUGAGCAUGGAAUCGGGCUUAGCCUCAAAGAGGCUUACAUCAAGAGACUUUUGUUCACAUUUUCAGUGGAUGAAUAGGCCACAAAUACGAAAAUGUAGAGAAAAUCCAAAGGCAGUUAUGAUAGUGGGACAGGGUACUUACAAUGGACUACAAGAAUGCCAGUUGCAAUUCAAGGACUAUAGAUGGAAUUGUACUGGGCAACGAAAUUCAUGGCGUCUAUUUGAGAAGAUGAACAAGAAAAGGACAAAAGAGACAUCGUUUCUUAGUGCCAUAGCAUCUGCUAGUGCUGCCUUGGCUCUCGCAAAGGCCUGUUCGCUCGGGUCUCUUAAGAAAUGCGGCUGCGGCCAGAGGAAUUACCUUUACGAAGAGGCAACAAUAUCAGAAAAAGACCUAUUUCCGUGGAAGGGAUGCCAGAGUCACAUCAUUUAUGGUUUAACCUAUUCGAGAUAUUUCCUCGAUCCAAUGAGCGAGAGACGAAGGCAGCGAUCCCUACGAAAAUUAAUUGGAAAACAGAACAAUGCUGCAGGAAGGGAGAUAUACAAAUCCAAACUCAAGCCUGUCUGUCGCUGCCACGGAGCAACCGGGUCAUGUGUAACGAAAGCGUGCUGGCAGCCAUUGCCGAAUCUGUAUGACAUUGGUUCAAGGUUGCGAGAUAAAUACAAAACCGCUGUAGAGGUUCGAUUGAAUAGACGAAAGGUAAAACUGCGAUCAAAACGAAACAAAAAGUAUAGAAUACAACCAGAUGACCUUGUUUACAGUGACUCGUCACCAGACUUCUGCGAACCUAACAAGGAUUAUGGAACCCCUGGAACUCACGGACGGUUAUGUAACAAAACAGGAGAUGGCCUAGAUAGGUGCUCCAUACUUUGCUGUGGGCGAGGAUACGACACGUUCGUCUUACGGAAAACUUUUCGGUGUCACUGUAAAUUUAAAUGGUGCUGCAGUGUGCAAUGCGAAGAUUGCACAGAAGAACGCAUAGAGUAUAGAUGUAAAUAAACAGCGAAGAUAUAGGCCAAAAUAAAAAAUAAGUGGGAACUGACUCAAGAACUGAACUGCCUAAGGCGGGAUAUCGACUGAAGUGAGUCCAAAGGUAUUGUCAAGGCGACGUCGAUGAUAAACGACGUCCUGUCCGAUUGGUCAGAAGGCAAAGCACGUGAUAAAAACUCUGAUAAAAUACAAAGCCUGGUAAUGUGGCUUACAGUAGCAUAUUCGGACCGGUUUCAGCAAAAAAUGGAUUCGGUGACUUUCUACCGCCUCUAUAGGGUUUGAUAAGGCUAUAGGGUUUGAUAAGCGUAUUUAAAAGAGCUGCGUCACAUGAUAACCAACUAACCAAUGCCCUUCACGCGUGAAGUUAAGGUUGAGUUACGUAAAUACGGCCUGAUAUGAUAGGAUAAGUUUUUAGACUUCCCUUGUGGCUAAAAUGACCUAGGAAGUUUCAAGGUAAUAAAACGAAAAUUUUCUGCCUUGGUUGUGAAAUAUUCGGAAUCCUCCCUUCCUGAUCAAUUUUAUGACCCUACGUUAACAGAAAUAAACAAUAUGAUUAGAAAACACUCAAUAAUAACAAAACGUGAGUUUUUAAUUAACGAAGGUCUAAACAAGAUUUCUCAAGGCGAAUUUCUUUACACCUAAAAACUUUAUAAUUAUUUGUGAUGAGAUUGCAGGAAAAACUGUAAAGAGAAAAGCAAGUUUGAAGUGUUACUCUAUGUUAUAAAAUGGCUCUAGGGCACUUACCUAAUCGACAGAAUUGGCAAAAUAAUUUUUUAAUUAUUAAGCAUGAAAGCUUCUAGGGUCUUGUUAAAAGGUUUUCCCCUUAACCUUGUUUAAAAUUUUACAUCUUGUUUCUAAAAUUAAAUUAAGUCGACUGGUGGUUGUCCUAAUGCUGAAAAUCUGUUAAGCUGCCUGAAAAGGCCACGCAAACCAAAGGAAAAACGCUUUGAAAUAAAAAAUAUGAAUUUGAGCUUCAAUGUCAUCUCCGCUGGUCUAGAUAGGAAAUAUUACAGGCAGUUGGCAACUGUGUGCUAGCAAAACAUUCGAUGAAUCUGUGGCAAAAACCUUGUUUAACUAUUGCGGUUGACAAUAUUCUGCAUAUGUUUUUAGAAGUAACUUGAAGUAAACCAUAGUAAAUAAAAGUUACUUUGUUAAAUACUGCGUUGUGUAAACCUUAUGCAAAGCAGACAUCAAAACGCCAACGUAUCAAAGCAGCAGUAUCAAUUCUGUUACUUUAAUUAAUUGUAUAACUCCUAGUAGUUUUUGCGCAACGAUUCAGUUAAAUAAUUAAGUAUUACACCCACCCAACAAGUUGGUGCCAAAAUGAAACCAGUGCAAGUAGGUGCUUAGGACAAAGGUGAGGUCAUCGAGUAAAGGGCAGAAUCAAGAGAAGCCAUUCUGUUGUUUGUACUUUCCAAAAGGUGUGGCUUGUCCGAUGGGCUUGAGCAACAAACUCCUCUC